AUGGCGAAACGAAAUUCUUGUGGCUUAGUCUGUUCGCUGCCGAUCGAGGCAGAGGAGGAGCUGAGGAAGAGGAAGGCGUUGCAGUCAACGAGGCAGAUAGAGGCGAAAAUGAAGAGAUUUGAGAAGUUGAAAAAUGGACGAGUGGUGAAAGAAAAAUUUGAUACGGAGAAAAAUUCUUGUGGAGAUAAUAAUAAUUGUGAAAUUAAUGUUAAUCGAAAUGGGAAUGAGAUGCCAUUAUUGCAAGGAUCAAUUGGAUUACAUGGAAGUGGAUCUUCAGGAAUUACAUAUUUUCAGAAUCCACGUUCAGAGGGUAUAUUUGGUUCUGUGUUUUGCUCUUUUUUUGUGCUUAUUUUGUUUGAUUGA